AUGAGGGAGGUUGCCCGUUUAUUGAAGCAUACCACAUCUAUAGUACGAUCAGCUACGUUUCGUUAUUGUUCUGUUACCAAGCCAGUGGAAUCAGAAACGGCUGCUUCUGGUUCCACGGAUGACCUAAACGAGUUUGUAAGCAGCUUAGGACGAGAUGUAACCGACGCGAACAAGGGGUUGAGUUUCUCUCGUAUGUUGCGAAAGUCGAAAUUCGUUCAGCUAGGCGAUUUUAAUGGACGCCUUGUGACUGGACGUAUUGUGCACCGUGUACAGGAUGAUCUCUACAUCGAUUUCGGAUUAAAAUUCAAUGCAGUCUGUAAAGCUCCUGCUGUGAAUUCCGAAACAUAUCGCGAAGGUGCUACUGUACUGCUACGAUUGCACGAUCCUGAACUGAGUGAACGAUUCCUGGGAUCAGAACACGAUAUGACCUUACUCGAGGCCGAUGCGACCCUUAUACGGCUGCUACAUUCUCCAUCUGGCAAAGGCGGUAUGAAAGCCAGGAAGAGCUCGCCUGCUGAUGCUCCAGCUGCCAACGCGGUGCCCUCAACAACCUAA